GCCUGGGCGCGGCCUCCGCUCACCGCCCACCACCCUCACCUGCAGGACACGGGCGUCGGAGGUCACCUGGUGGGCGGCCUGAUGAGCAACCCCCUGAUGGGCGGCAUAGGGUCUCCUCUGAUGGGCGGCCUGGGCUCCACCGGCUUCGGCGGCGCGCUGAUGGGCGGGCAGGGCGGGCCGCCGCCGGCCGCCUACCCGCCGCCGCACCCGCUCUACGGCUACCGCCUGGUGGACCCGCGCAUGCUGCUGCCGCGCGGCCCCGAGGAGCCGAAGCCGCAGCACUCGUACAUCGGCCUCAUCGCCAUGGCCAUCCUCAGCUCGCCCGACAAGAAGCUCGUCCUCAGCGACAUCUACCAGUACAUCCUCGACCACUAUCCCUACUUCCGGUCCCGAGGGCCAGGCUGGAGGAACUCCAUCCGCCACAACCUGUCCCUCAACGACUGCUUCGUCAAGGCGGGCCGCUCGGCCAACGGCAAGGGCCACUACUGGGCCAUCCACCCCGCCAACAUCGACGACUUCCGGCGCGGCGACUUCCGCCGCCGCCGCGCCCAGCGCCGCGUCAGGAAGCACCUCGGACUCGCCGUCGACGACGACUCUUCGCCGGAGCCUCCGUCGCCCACGACCGGCCUCACCGCCGCCCAUGACUCGCCCACCGCCGCCCACCACCACCACACCACCGCCCUCACCGCCGCCGACGAAGCCUCCGCGCCACAGGCCUCCCCGGGCUCGCUCCCGCCGCCGCCCGUCGCCCGCAAGCGGCAGUUCGACGUCGCCAGCCUCUUGGCGCCGGACGACAAGCUGCCCAAGACGCGGCGCCACGCCAGCGAGCUCGGCCAGGAGGCCCACGCCCCGGAUCGCGCGCCCGCUCACGCCCACGACGAGAUCGACGUCGUCAGCGAUGACGCGGGCGACGAGAGCCACCCCCCCGCCGCCUCGCCGUCGCCCACGCCCGCCGCCCACGACGACGAAGACGACCCACGCCCGUGGUCCCUCCUAGGCUGGGUCUCGGGCGCCACUUGGCCGCUGCCUCCGCCCACCUGCGCCCAUGACCCGGACACGCGGGCCGCCCACGAGCCGCCCACACAGUGAACGACGGCUCACCGCCCACUCGCGCUCGCUCCAGAAGGGGCGGGAAGAGCGCGCGACGGGAAAGCUUGGCUGUGAUAUGUAUGUUAAAACUUGUUGAUCAAAGGAUGUAAUUUAACAAUUUUUAUGGAUGACAAAUGUGUGUACAG